AUGGGGGAGCAAGAACGGCCUCGCAAAUUGGCAAAAUUGGACCACGACGAAAAUACCACCUACGAGGUGCUCGGCCCUGCCAUGACUGGAGCCCGCGAUGUUGCCGGCAACGAACUAGAGCCCGCGUGCGCUCAGAUUGGGAACGAACCGCUCGAUCUCUCAGAAUUUACGGUCCACAAGGAGGAAAAACCAGCUAUUGAAUCUGCAGCUCACGAUGGCGCCCAAGGAGCCCCACCUGUUAUGUCAAAAAAUCAGAUGAAGAAGCUACGCCGCGCGGAGGCCCAUCAGCAGAAGCGCGCUCUUCAAAAGGCCCAGAAGAAGGACAAGAUCGUUGAAAAGCGAGAGCGUCGCAAGGCUAUGGUUGAGGAGGCAAGGGAAAAAGGUGGCGAGGAAGCUGUCAACAAGCUACGGGCGUUGUGGCGAGGCAAGAAAGCCAAGCACACCAGGUCAACACUACUACCUCUGACGUUCGUGAUGGAUUGCGGCUACGAUGAGCUGAUGUCCGAAAGAGAGCGCAUCUCAUUGGCUGGCCAGCUCACGCGAUCAUACUCAGACAACAGCCGAGCAGUCUACAACGGGCACAUGAUAUUCUCGUCAUUCGACAAAUUACUGAAAGAGCGAUUCGACACCGUAUUGGCGUGCCACAAAAACUGGAAGCGUAUUCGGUUUUUGCAGGAAGAUUUUGUGCAAGCUGGUGAGCUGGCCAAAGAACAGAUGACAGCCGCGCGAGGAGGUCAACUUGCUGGGCCGUUCGCCGAACAGACUGAUGCGAAGCCAGAGGACGGGGAAAUCGUCUAUCUCAGCAGUGAUAGUGAGAAUACUUUGACCGAGCUGAAGCCCUACAGCACUUAUAUUGUCGGAGCGCUAGUGGAUAAAAACCGACACAAGGCAGUCUGCUACAACCAGGCAGUUGAAAAGGGCAUCAAAACUGCUAAGUUGCCUAUCGGACAGUACAUUCAAAUGGCGCAUCGUCCGGUACUGGCCACCAAUCAUGUCAUUGAGAUCAUGCUUCAAUGGCUGGAGCUUCGUGACUGGGGCAAGGCGUUCAUGAAGGUCAUUCCUACCCGGAAAGGCGGCGCCUUGAGGGAAAACCCGAACGAAACCCAGAACGAGGGUGAGGAAAAUGCCGAAAAUGAUACUGAAGAUGUGAACGAGGAGGAUAUGGAAGCAGACCAGAUGAAGCAGUUGGAAGAGAUCGCAGCUUUUGAGGAAGGAAGUGCGGACGAAAAUGAAGAAAAGGAAUAG